GCGUGAGGGAGUGACUUCUCACUCACUUCUCCUCUUCCCCCCCUGCGCUCUUUUCCGCUUUUGUGGCAUCUCCUCUGUGUCGCUUUUACUUGUCUCUUCGGCCACCGUCGUCUUGUCUGCUCCUCUUCUCAGUCUAUCUUGGUGGCGGUCGCCGGGAGGUGGAGCAGAAAGGCGGUGGCGGUUGUGGCGGUGGAAUGGAGAACAUAAGCCACCCUCCAAUGGAGCAACUCCAAGACUUGGAAUACUGUAUCGACUCAAAUCCUCCUUGGGUUGAAACUAUCUUGUUGGCUUUUCAAAAUUACAUUCUAAUGCUUGGCACCAGUGUGAUGAUUCCCUCAAUGCUUGUUCCACUAAUGGGUGGGACUGAUGCUGACAAGAUUCGAGUUAUACAAACAUUGUUGUUUGUAUCUGGCAUCAACACGCUUUUGCAAGCAUUGUUUGGAACACGUUUACCAACCAUCGUGGGUGGUUCCUUCUCUUAUGUGAUACCUAUCCUUUAUAUCAUUCGAGACUCAUCUUUGCAGCAAAUUCCUGAUCCACAUGAAAGGUUUUUGCAAACUAUGCGAGCCAUUCAAGGAGCACUAAUCAUUGCAUCCAGUUUGCAGAUAAUAAUUGGUUAUAGUCAGCUUUGGGGGAUCUUUUCAAGGUUUUUCAGUCCGCUAGGUAUGGCACCUGUAAUUGGAUUGGUUGGCUUGGGACUAUUUGAUCGAGGUUUCCCUGCUGUAGGAAACUGUGUGGAAAUAGGCAUUCCAAUGCUUUUGAUGCUCAUUGGGCUGUCACAGUAUCUGAAGCACUACAGGCCUUUCAGAGAUAUUCCCAUCUUUGAACGUUUUCCAGUUCUCAUCUGUGUCACAAUCAUUUGGAUAUAUUCUCUUAUCCUAACAGCAGGUGGUGCAUAUAACCAUAGACCUGCAAGAACUCAAAACAGCUGUCGCACUGAUAGGGCAAAUCUAAUAUCAUCCGCUCCUUGGUUCAAGUUCCCAUAUCCUUUGCAAUGGGGUGCACCGACUUUUGAUGCUGGCCAUUCAGUAGCCAUGAUGGCUGCUGUAUUGGUUUCUAUCAUAGAGUCAACUGGUGCAUAUAAGGCAGCAUCACGCCUAGCUAUUGCAACACCUCCUCCUGCUUAUGUAUUGAGCCGAGGCAUUGGUUGGCAGGGGAUAGGUGUACUGCUGGAUGGUCUGUUUGGGACGGGAACAGGCUCUACUGUUUCUGUGGAGAAUGUUGGGCUUCUUGGACUUACUAGAGUUGGCAGCCGUAGGGUUGUUCAGAUUUCUGCUGGAUUCAUGAUAUUCUUUUCCACCUUAGGGAAAUUUGGAGCCGUCUUCGCAUCGAUUCCAUUUCCUAUAUUUGCUGCAUUGUACUGUGUCCUUUUUGGUCUUGUUGCUUCUGUUGGAAUAUCAUUCCUUCAGUUUACAAAUAUGAACUCUAUGAGAAACCUCAUCAUCACUGGUCUCUCACUUUUCCUUGGAAUAUCUGUUCCACAAUAUUUCAAUGAUACUCGGGUUUCUUCUGGUCACGCACCUGUAAAUACACAUGCAGGAUGGUUCAAUGGGUUCUUGAAUACGAUAUUCCUAUCACCUCCAACUGUCGGGUUGAUUGUCAGCAUAUUUCUCGACAACACGUUGGAAGUUGAGAAGUCCAAAAAGGACAGGGGGAUGCCAUGGUGGGUAAAAUUUAGAACCUUCAGAGGCGACAACCGGAACGAGGAGUUCUAUACACUUCCUUUCAAUCUCAACAGAUUCUUUCCGCCUACCUAGCAGAGGCUCAGAUCUUCGGCAAACACUGACCGAGCUACUCCAUUUUGAUAACAAUGCUUGCAGGCAUGUUCUUCAUCAAUUCAAGCGAUCGGUGAUCCUGCAAUCUUUUUGAACAAGUCGAAAAGUUUCGGCCCAGUAUCUAACCUUUUUUAGGGUUCCAUCUUGAUUAGUUGGCACCUUGCUGCUCCACUUACAGCUUGUGCUGCUAGAAUCUCUUGUAUUUUUCUGUUAUAUGCUUCUUGUAUUAGGCCGACUGGUUCAUCUGUGCCAUGUAGUUUUGUGGUGUAAUAAGACAGCACUGUUUCACACAUUUAA